ACCAUGGAGAUCAGCUACUUUAUGUAUAAUAUACUUAUUAUCAGGAGAUUACAAUAGGAUUUAUAAUAUCCACAAUAGACGGCGACUAAUAGAUUUAUAUACAUACAACACUGUCCAUACACGCAUGGUCUAUUAUUACAGCUAUUCAUAUUUUUGUAACCCUAAAGACCAGUGUAGCUGCAAUUGGACACAUUUUUAAGUUAACAAAAUGCCUGUUACUAGACCAAAAGGAAAAUCCGGCAAGAAGGAGCAAAAUGAAGUCAGGGGUAUUCUCUCUGGGAAGAACGAAACACAGAAAAUACAAAUUGCCGAAAAGAAUAGAAGAAAGGACUUUCACAGAAAACAAAAUGCUGCCAGUAUAAUACAGAGAAGUUGGCGAAGGUAUAAAAGACAUAAGUUUGAAAUGUUAAGUGCUGUUAAAAAAUCGGUUAUGUUAAAACGUUCACAAAAUACAGAAGAAGAAUGGGAGGAACAAAUAGCUGCUCUUACAAUACAGUUAGCAUGGAGAAAAUAUUACAGACGCAAGCUUCUCAAGGCACUAAAACCCAACAGGAAGUUAUUACGUUCCUGGGAUCCUGAUGUUAUUGCUGCAAAACAACAAGCAUUAGUUCAUGAGAUAUAUUAUAGACAAUACGAGGCUCCAUUUUGGCAUCCUAUACCCAAGAAAGCCAUAAGACCAUUAUGGUCUUCGUGUAUCCCAUCACCCGCUGCUGUAUCGUAUAAUUUUGCCGUAGAUCAGUAUCAUCCUUUAGCUCAAGUAACUUAUACUACAUCAAUAGCUGGUAGUGGAAGUAUUGAAUAUGUAGAGUAACGUCACCAAGAUCUGCAAGACUAACGAUGUACUGGUGCCGAAAAACACACAACCAAACCAUAAAAUAACAUGCGCGAUUGGAUUCAAAUUUCGACAAAAGCUUCCGUGACAUGCAAGAUCGCCUAUUCAGAUUAUAAAUGUGAAUGUAUAAUUUAUAUUGUGUAUCAUCUGGCAUAACCAUGCGCCGUAACAUUUCAUUAUGUUUACUAGUGCAUUUACAACACUUCACCAGAUGUAUGAAUUAUGUAUAUUUGUG